GAUUUUCAAAGUUAUGGAACCCACCAUGUCUUGGGGAUUAAAUAAGUCAAGAAAAAAAGCAUUGGUAUGCAUAUCCAAAUAGCGGCAAGUGAUAGGGGAAGAAGAAGAAGAAGCAAAAUUCAGAGGUGCGUUGUUGAAAUGAGAUCCCCGGGAAGAGAGGUCGAAGAAGAAGAAGAAGAAGCAGCGAGUAAAGGGACGUGGAAGCACGCAGCUUUCCAUAUAGCGACGACCAUUGCGACACCUGCGGCUUAUGCUCCUCUGCCCUUUGCUCUCGCUUCCCUUGCUUGGCCCCUCGGUGUCACUAGCCUGGUGCUUGCAACACUAGCCACCUGGUACUCCAGUAUAUUGAUCGCUUCUUUAUGGAAAUGGAAUGGGGAGAAGCACCUUACCUACAGAAAUCUUGCACAUAGUAUUUUUGGUUCCUGGGGGUACUGGUUUAUUGCCUUUUUCCAGCAGGUAGCUUCUCUGGGAAACAACAUUGCCAUUCAAAUUGCUGCUGGUAGCAGCCUUAAGGCAGUUUACAAACACUAUCACGAGGCUGGCACAUUGACUCUGCAGCAUUUUAUUGUGUUCUUUGGAGUGUUUGAACUUGUCCUCUCCCAGCUCCCUGACAUUCACUCGCUCAGAUGGGUUAAUGCAUUGUGCACUUUCAGCACAAUUGGCUUUGCUGCUACAACAAUUGGUGUCACUAUUUAUAAUGGGAAGAAAAGUGACAGAAAAUCAGUAAGUUACAGUUUGCAAGGUAGUUCUGCCUCCAAGUUCUUCAAGGCCAUCAAUGCCCUUGGGGUCAUUGCCUUUUCAUUCGGAGAUGCAAUGCUUCCAGAAAUACAGAAUACGGUGAGAGAACCAGCAAAGAAGAACAUGUACAAAGGUAUAUCAGCAGCAUAUAGUGUCAUUAUUUUGAGUUACUGGCAGCUGGCCUUCUUUGGAUAUUGGGCUUUUGGAUCAGCAGUUCAGCCUUACAUCUUAGCUUCGCUGUCUAAACCAGAAUGGACUGUCAUUAUGGCUAACUUAUUUGCAGCAAUUCAAAUAUCAGGAUGCUUUCAGAUAUACUGCAGGCCAACAUAUGCCUAUUUUGAGGAAAGAGUGGUGUCCAGUAAUAAAUCUACAGACCAUUUCUCCAUAAGAAGUCACCUUGUGAGGCUUUGUUUUACUUCUAUAUACAUGGUCCUUGUGACUCUGAUUGCCGCAGCUAUGCCCUUUUUUGGGGAUUUUGUGUCAAUAUGUGGGGCAAUUGGGUUCACUCCUCUAGACUUUGUCUUCCCUGCUUUAGCCUACCUCAAGGCAGGAAAUAUGCCGAAGAACACCAACAUUAGGCUUAUGAUGCGGCUUCUGAAUCUUUUUAUAGCCAUCUAUUUCUCCGUUGUGGCCGUCUUGGGUUGCAUAGGAGCUGUCAGAUUUAUAGUGGAAGAUGUCAACACCUACAAGUUUUUCCAUGAUAUGUGAAAGGCCUUCCCCUUCUUCCUGUGUUGAUAUAAUUAUUUUUCCGCAGUCGAAGCCUCUGAAAUCUUGGAAUCCUAUGGCGCCUUUAAUGCGUUCGAUUGCUCUCAAUCUCAUACGAUUGUUUGAGUCGUCAAUGGAAGUUGAAAUCAAAUUAUGCAAGCAAACAAAAAAUCUACACAGCAGUUAACAGAAAAAGAAUGUUAUUUGUAUCGAAACAAUUGUUUAAGAAUUUUAUUUCUUCAGACAAA